AUUGCUUUUGCGGCUUUAGCGUUGUAGAAAUACUACUGUUUCGUUUUCGUAGGUUAUAUCAAACUAAAACAACAGCGGACUCAAUUUAAUUUAAUGAAAAGAAACGUUUGUUAUUGUACAUAUUUUAUAGGUAAAUAGUGACAAUUUGAAAUUAAGGUACCGAAAAUCAUAUUUCGAAGAUGACAAAAGUACUUUUAGACGACAAAAAAGGCAAUGAUGCAAAUGAUACUGAAAAGAAGAGCUCACUCGAUGCUGGCCCUGACCCAACAGCACCAAUCACUCGUAAAGGAGUCUUGACAUCUUUUCUGACUGGUAAACCUAUGGAUAUUCCUGAACAAGAUAUUCUUGGAAAAUGCAGAUUUGUAUCUGAAUUUGAAAAACUAAAUCGUAUUGGGGAAGGCACAUAUGGUAUUGUAUACAGAGCUAGGGAUACAAAGAGUGACAAAGUGGUAGCAUUAAAAAAAGUACGAAUGGAACACGAAAAGGAUGGUUUACCGGUUAGCGGUUUACGUGAAAUAAGUGUCCUCUUAUCGUGUAGGCAUGAAAACAUUGUUCACUUAAAAGAAGUAGUUGUAGGAAGGAGUUUGGAAAGCAUAUUUUUGGCAAUGGAGUAUUGCGAGCAAGACUUAGCUAGUUUACUUGACAAUAUGCAAGCUCCCUUUUCUGAAAGUCAAGUAAAAUGCAUUAUGCUGCAAGUCCUCAAGGGACUUAGAUAUUUACACCACAAUUUUGUAGUACACAGAGAUUUGAAAGUUUCAAAUUUGCUUAUGACUGAUAAAGGUUGUGUAAAAAUAGCAGAUUUUGGUCUUGCUAGAUGGUUUGGCUUGCCAUUAAAGCCGAUGACUCCAAGAGUUGUAACUCUAUGGUACAGAGCACCUGAACUGCUUUUGCAGGCUAAGACACAAACAACUUCAGUAGAUAUGUGGGCAGCUGGUUGUAUUUUAGGUGAACUUUUAGGACACAGACCCUUAUUACCUGGAAGGUCAGAGAUUCAACAAUUAGAAUUGAUAGUUGACUUACUGGGAACUCCCAGUGAAGCUAUAUGGCCUGAAUUUAAUGCACUACCAGCAUUGCAAAACUUCACGCUAAAGCAACAACCUUACAAUAAUUUGAAACAAAGAUUUCCAUGGUUGAGUGCAGCAGGACUUAGAUUACUUAAUUUCCUAUUCAUGUACGAUCCCAAAAAGAGAGCCACAGCUGAGGAAUGUUUACAGAGUAGCUAUUUCAAGGAAGCUCCUCUUCCUUGUGAUCCGAAGUUAAUGCCAACAUUCCCGCAACACAGAAAUAUGAAAAAAUCGGCAAAAGAGGUUCGUGAGCAAGAACCUGUUGUUUCUGACCAAACAAAUAAUCUACCAGCAAUAUCGGAUCUUCUUGGGUCCCUAGUCAAAAAACGACGUGUAGAAUGAAUACUUCAAUGAGUGUUGAGUGCAAGAGUAUAAGCCAUUAGUUAUGAAUCACGAACUACAAGAUUUUUUUUAAACUUGAUUGUGAACGCGAUGUUCAAGACAGAUAUUCACGUCAAAUAGAUAAGCUAUGAAACAAAUUUUUGAUGAAUUUCAACUACAAAUAAAACGUCAUUUCUGUAUAAAAACAAGUGAGAAACUUAGAAUGUUUCUCGCAACGACAAGAGGAAAUACAUGUGUAAAUCUCAUAAGCUUA